AUGUCGCAAUACAUUGGAAAGACUAUCUCCCUGAUUUCUCAAGCAGAUAUAAGAUAUGUUGGAAUUCUUGAGAGUAUUGAUGGCACGAAGGGUACCAUUGCCUUGAAAAGUGUGAGGGUUUUUGGAACCGAAGGUAGAAUCCUUGAUCCAAGUAGAAUUGUCUAUCCCUCGACGCAAAUUUACGAGCAUAUCAUGUUAAGUGGACCCGAUGUCAAAACACUCAAUAUUCUGGAAGUUCCAAUUGAACAGGUUGUUCCUGAACCGAUUCCUGUGUUUAAUCCUGCGAACUUCUUUCCUCAGGGCCAGAUGCCAUUCCAAAGUCCUGGUCCUCAGCCCGGGCAGCCCGCUCCAAUGCAGUCCCCUGUGCCGCAAAUUCCACAGCCAGUCUCGCAUUUUGCCGCACCGCAGGCACAGCCAUCACUGCAGCCUGCAGCUCAGCAGCAACAGACACAACACGUCCAGCAGGCAGCAGAACAGGAUCGCGCUCCCACUGAGAAACUGGCAGAACCCAAGUCUCCACAGCCUAUAGGAAACAAAAAUUCGAUUAAGGAGUCGGCUGAAUCCUCUAACUCUGAAGAGCAAAAGAACGCUGCCAAGCAGUCCCAGAGCUCGAAAAAGCCACCAGCUCCAAUUGGAGAUGACUUUGAUUUUGAGUCCAACAAUGCCAAGUUUGAGAAGGAGGCCGAGCUGGAAAAUGCCGAAUCGGCGUUCUACAACAAGAAGUCUUCCUUUUUUGAUAACAUCUCGUCUUCCACGGAACAAUCAGCUUCCGAUAGAAUGAGAUGGCAGGAAGAGAAAAAACUCAACUUGGACACGUUCGGACAAUCCUCUCUUAGGCACAACAGAGGCAGAGGAGGCUACAGAGGCCGCGGAAGAGGUCGUGGAAGAGGAAGAGGGGGCCGUGGGGGGUUCAAAAACCCUGAAUGGGCAUAA